AAUAGGCGUGUAGACAAAUUUUGAAAUUGACUUUUAUUCGCUAGAUAUAUAUGUAAUAAUAGCGAAAAAUAUAAUAUUUCAGUACAGAAUUCCGUUAUAAAUAAUAUUUUCGUCUUUUUUUGUGCCGUACUCCGAGUGAGCGCCAAAACGCUCCAAGUGUCAUGGCCGAUGCUUAUGACGUCACGCCUCAGUUAGCAAGCAACAGCUGAGCGUACGAACUAUAGUGAUCUGAGAAAAAAUAUCUGUUUUGUGAUUCAAAUAUGAAUGAUAAAGUUUAUAAGUGGUGUGCAGUUCCUUUGUGCAAAAACACAUCAAAAUCCACACCGGAUAAAUUGUUUGUGUAUGUACCAAACAAGAAAAAACUGAGAUAUAUGUGGCUCCGGCUUGCACGUCGAGACCCAACCAAAGUAGUCACCAAAUCUUCAAUUUAUUUCUGUGAGGACCACUUUGACAUGCCAAAUGACAUGGAAAAUUAUAUGCAAUAUAGAAUAAUGGGUUAUGUUUCGCAAGUUAGGAUGAAACCUGGUUGUAUGCCCAGUAAAUUCGAAUGUCAACCUAGUAGGAAGCGAUCGAAUACAGAAGAACGACCCUAUAUACUCAAAAAACAAAAAAGCAAUAAUGUUGCAGAACAUGUUGAUGAAAUUGAAACUGGAAGUUCAGGUCAACAUAAUUUGGAAGAGCUGGAACAAAUCACAGAAAAACCAAAAAUGAUAAAUAAAUCUAUUCAAGUGCACUUAACAAGACCAUUCAGAAGUAAAGCUUUGCAAACACAAUGCCAAUCAGUUACAAAGAUGACAUCUCCGCUGAAGCCACACCUGAUUUCUGCUGCUACAUCUCCAUUUAAAAUCAAACACUUUGCUAAAAAUAAUCCAUCUAGCCACAAUGUAAAUGUAAUGAGAAGAAUAUUUAAAAAAGAAGAACGGUCUGAUAGUGAUACUUCUUAUACACCCUCUGUUGCUCAUCCAGGUUCAUCGCCAUCAACAAAAUCUUUUGAAAUGGAAUCGGCUUCUGAUUGCAGUGAACUUUUAGAAGAAGACAAAAAACAGGAAACUAUAAAAAUUUUGGAAUCUACAUUGAAGAAAAUCAUGAACAAUCCACGUUUUUACAUUGGAAUUCCGAAAAAUUGUUACCACUUACUAAAUAUUAUUGAAAAACAAACAAGUAUCCCAAUUAAUCAUAUUUUACUGUGUCUAAAAAAAAUUAGAUUGAAUAAUUCAUUCCGUGAACUUGCUGAUGAGUUUGCCAUGGAUGCUACUUAUGCUAGCAGAAUAUUCUCUAAAAAUAUACCGAUAUUAGCUAGUGUGAUUCGCCCAUUCAUUGUUACAUUAGAUAUUGAAUUAAUUAAAAAGAAUUUACCUAUGGCCUUCAGGCACCGAUUUCAUAAAGUAAGCUGUAUAAUAGACUGUUUAGAGAUUGAGAUACAAAAGCCAUCGAAGGCAGUGAAUCAAGCUUUGACAUGGUCUGAUUAUAAAAAGGCUAACACUAUAAAAUAUCUUGUUUCUUGUACUCCCAAUGGCCUGGUCAAUUUUAUUUCCCCUGGUUAUGGAGGACGUAUAACAGAUACAUGCCUGGUUGAAACCUGUGACUUUGUAAAGUGUUUACAACAGGGUAUGUGUGUCAUGGCUGACCGGGGGUUCAAACAUGUGGAAGUCUACUUACGCCAGAGGGGGAUGGUAUUAGUUAGACCACCAAGUGUUCAGUCUGGUACUAAAUUUUCUAAGGCUGAAGCUAAGGAAACUAAGCAAAUUGCAAGCCUUCGGAUUCAUAUUGAGCGGGUCAUCAGACGUUUACGGGAGUACAGUAUGUUAAAACCUCAUGCUUGUCUUAAUUUAGGCUUAGUGAAAGUACUUGAUGAUGUAAUAACUAUAGCUUGCGGUUUAAUUAACUUACAAGAUUCGCUCAUAAAAUAAUUGAGAAUAAAUAAAUAAUAACAAGAAAUUUCAGUAAUUUUAUUUAUUAUUCAAUACUUCUGUACAAUAAAGGAUACACAUAGGUUUCCCAAAAUGUAACUAAACUUUUAAUAUUUUCUAAUAUAAAGUCUUCGUUGAAUGUAACACAUACAAUUUCAACAUUAGAAUUUGUUGAAAAGUUAGGAUCCGCUACACAAAAAUAACACUUUUUAAGUCCUGUCAAAUACAUUUGCACUUGUAUCUGCAUGUAGCAUUUUUUUGUUGGUUGUCCGUUUUUUAUAUACUUGACAAAGGUUUGUUCGGUCAUGGGACACUUAAUUUCAACAAUACAGUCUUCACAUACACCAUCUGGCGAACCAGCUAACAUUGGAUAGGUUUGGGAUAUGAAGAGUCCACAACUGUUUAUUAUUUUCUUAAGUUUUCUGCUCACUGAAUCUCGCACUUUAUUUUCCAAGUCUCUCCCUCGCUUCAUGGCAGCCGUGUCUGGGAUUUUUCCCCCCAUAAUAAGAGAAAUUAGGGCUCCGUCACUUGUCUGGCAAUGGCUGACAUCAUAAGCCCUAGAGGCUGUAAUCCGGCCAUAUCUUAAUUCAUACCAAAGGCUAUUUGCAUGCUGAUCUCUGGUCUUCUUUUCAAUUUCAAUUAGGAUAUUGUUAUUUAUAUUAAUUUGUUGUAAAAAUGUGUUGCAACAUUUUUCCUUAAACUGUAGUACAAGGUGAUGCAUGGAAACACUAAGUAGCUCAUCACAAGUAUAACCUGCUUGAAACUUCAACAGCUCACAUCUUUCAAGAUUUUUCUUUUGG